CUCGCACCCAGCUGGCUCCGCUCUCAGCCAUGGCUCCUCCGACUGUCCACGACGACGACCUCGACGACCUCGACGACGUCCUCGACGCCUUCUCGUCCCCCGCCCCUGCCGCCGCCGCCGCCUCGACCUCGUCGGCGUCCGCCCCGGCACCCCCGGCAACCACCGCCCGGGCUCCCUCGACCUCCUCUGCAGCUCCCGCCGCCGCGACCGACGACUUUCCCGACCCGGACGACGACGCCCUCGCCGACCCGGACGACGAGCCGCUCGACCCGCAGCUCGCCAAGGACCUCGAGCAGGGCAUGGCCGCCCUCUUUGCCGGCCUCAACCCGGGCGCCGCCGGCGGGGGUGCGCCCGGCGCGAGCGGCCUCGCAGGAGGCGACGAGGACGGCGGCGAGCUCGACGAGGGCGAGUUCCGCAGGGUCAUGGACGAGCUCAUGCGCGGCGAGCUGGGCGGCGGCGGCGGUGGUGGCGCGGCGGGAGGAGCAGGUGGCGAGGGCGGGCUUGGUGGAGCCGACGCGGGCGAGCUCGAGCAGCUCAUGAAGGCGCUCGGCAUGGCGGGCGGCGGCGCAGGACUCGGCGAGGCGGCCAAGGGCAAGGCCAAGGCGCCUGCCGCCGGGCCGUCGUCCUCUUCCGGCGCGAGCGCAGGGCCCGCCGCGCCGCCGGCCAACUUCCAGGACGCCAUCGCGGCGUCCAUGUCCAAGCUGCGCGACUCGUCGUCGACGGCCAACGCGUCGCGGACGGCGGCGGGCGCUGCGGCGGGAGGAGCGGGAGCCGGCGGCAUGGCGGGCAUGCUGGCGCAGAUGGCGGGCAUGCCCGACCUCGGCGGCGCGCUCGACUCGGAGGAAGGGCUCCAAGACAUGCUCGACGAGAUGAUGAAGCAGCUCAUGGGGCGCGAGAUGCUGUACGAGCCGCUCAAGGAGCUGUCGGACAAGUACCCGGCCUACCUGUCGGCCCACCGCGCGUCCCUCUCGCCGGCCGACGUCGAGCGGUUCGAGAAGCAGCAGCAGAUUGUCGGGCAGAUCGUCGCCAAGUUCGAGGAGCCCGGCGCCGACAAGGAGCCGCCCCUGACGGACAAGGAGGAGGAGGAGCGCCAGCAGCGGCUCGACGCCGUCGUCGACUUGGUCGCCAAGAUGAACGAGUGCGGUGCGCCGCCGAGCGAGAUCAUGGGCGAGAUGCCGCCAGGGAUGGAGCUCGGUGCUGACGGCGUGCCCAAGGUGCCCGAGUGCGUGGUGUGCUGAGGAGGAGGUUCGAGUGCAACGAGGGACGGUUCUCCUCGUU